CCCUUUUCAUCCGUUCAACGUGUUUUCAUUCUGUUCAAUUUUCACACAAAUGACUAAUUCACUAUGAAGCCACUAUAUAUUUAUACACUCUUCCCUGAAUACUCAAACUAUUCCUUAUAAUUGCAUAUUUGCAUUGCACACAUACAAUGGAUUGCAUGAGAAUCCAAAGCCCCUUGUCUGUUGAGAAGAAUUGGAAAUAUGAUGUGUUUGUGAGUUUUAGAGGGGAGACUCGCUUCAAUUUCACCGAUCAUCUUUAUGCUGCUCUCCGCAGACACGGCAUGGUUGCCUUCAGGGAUGAUACUAGGCUCCAGAAAGGAGGACCUAUAUCAGCAGGGCUUCUGCAAUCUAUUGAAGGAUCACAGGUUCUGAUUGUUGUCUUCUCUAUCAACUAUGCUUCUUCCACAUGGUGCUUGCAAGAACUGGCAAAGAUAGCUGAUUACAUGAACAUACCGGGACACCGUGUUCUGCCUGUUUUUUGUGAUGUGAGUCCAUCUGAGGUGAGAAAGCAAAGUGGAAAUUACGAAAAAGCCUUUGUGGAACACGAAGAAAGAUUCAAAGAAGAUGCGGAGAUGAUGGAGCAAGUGCGAAGAUGGAGGGCAGCUCUAACACAAGUAGGCAGUCUCUCUGGCUGGGAUCUCAAGGAUAAGUCACAAUCCGCUGAGAUUGAAAAAAUUGUGAAAGUGGUAACAAGCAUAGUGAGUCCCAAACCAUCAUCAAGUCAAUCUGAUGAUAUAGUUGGGAUGCAUUCUCCUCUACAAGAAUUAGAAAAGCUUCUACUUUUGUACUCAGACGAUGAUGUUCGAGUUCGAGUUGUAGGGAUUUGUGGAAUGGGCGGCAUAGGAAAGUCAACUCUUGCCACCAUUUUAUAUGAAAAAAUCUCUCAUCAAUAUGAUGCUUCAUGUUUUGUGGAUGAUGUAAGUAGAAUUUACGGAGGUUAUGGUCCACUUGGUGUACAAAAGCAACUUCUUUGUCAAGCUUUCAUGGAAGAAAAUUUUUCGACAUUCAAUCUUUCAUUGGCAAAUAAUCUGAUUCAAACUAGGUUACGGCAUAGAAAGGUUCUGAUAGUUCUUGAUAAUGUUGAUGAGGGGAUUCAAUUGGAGAAGUUGGCUAUAAAACGGGAAAGGCUCGGUAGAGGGAGUAGAAUAAUCAUAGUUUCUAGAGAUGAGCAUAUAUUGAGAGAGUAUGGAGCGGACGACGUUUACAAAGUUCCACUCUUAAAUGAUGAGAAUACUCGCCAAUUGUUUUGCAGAAAAGCUUUCAAAUGUAAUCACGUUGCAAAAGAUUACGAAAGCCUCACAAAUUCUGCCUUAAGAUAUGCUAAUGGACUUCCAUUAGCAAUCAGAGUAUUGGGCUCAUUUUUGUUUGGGCGAAAUGUGUCAGAGUGGAGUAGCGCAUUGGUUAGAUUGAAAGAAAAGCCAACAAAAGAUAUUCUGGAUGUGCUACGAAUCAGUUUUGAUGCACUUGACGAUAUGGAAAAGAAAAUAUUUCUUGAUAUUGCUUGUUUUUUUUCAGAUCAUGGUGAAGAAUACGUGAAAGAUAUUUUACGUAUUCGAGGAUUUCAUCCUGAGAUUGGUAUAAAAAUUCUCAAUGAUAAAUCACUCAUAACUCGACGAGAAUCGUGGAUAAUUAUGCACGAUCUGUUGAGAGAGUUGGGUAGAAGUAUUGUUCGAGAAAAAUCACCAUACGAACCAAGAAAGUGGAGCAGGUUAUGGAAUCAAAAGGAUCUAAGCAAUGUCUUGAGGGAAAACAAGAUAGCAGAAAACCUUGAGCUUGAAGCCAUAGUUCUGCGAGAAUUUUGUAAAAGCAGGGAAGAGUUGCCAGUUGAAGCUUUAUCACAAAUGAGUAACCUGAAAUUGCUUAUACUUAGAGAUAGAAAUUUGAAUUUCUCAGGAUGCUUGCAUUUUCUUUCUAAUGAGUUGGGAUAUCUUGAAUGGCAAAAAUAUCCUUGCACAUCUUUGCCAUCAAGCUUUCAGCCAAAUAAACUCGUUAAACUAAUCCUGUGCCAUAGCAACAUGAAAGAACUCUGGAAGGGAAUAAAGGAUCUACCUAAUUUGACACAUAUAGCACUAUGUGAUUCUCAUAAUCUUGUAAAGAUACCAAACUUAUCUCAGGCCCCAAAUCUUGAGGAACUAAAUCUUGAAGGAUGUGUUAAACUUGUUCACCUUCAUCCAUCUGUUGGUUCUCUACAAAAGCUUCAUUCCUUAAAUCUGGAAAACUGCAAAAGCCUUGUAAAGAUACCCAUCUUAUCUCGGACUUCAAAUCUUAAGAAGCUAAAACUUGCAGGAUGUGAUAAACUUGUUCAUCUUGAUGCAUCUAUUGGUUCUCUAGAAAAGCUUCGUUUCUUGAAUCUGGAAAACUGCAAAAACCUUGUUAGUAUUCCCAAUUGCAUAUUUCGUCUUAAUUCUCUUCAAAAUUUAAAUCUAUCUGGCUGUUCAAAAUUAUUUAGAUAUCAGUUGUUAGAGAAACCAAGACAGAGCGAGCAGUUGAAUUCAGGUCAAAGUGUGCAAAGCCACAUGACGUCAUCCAUAUGCAAAACUCUUACAAGGCCUCUCCAUUUUUUAUCUUCUAGAAGGUGUUCGAAUUCAGUUGGUUCAUUGGUGCCUUCUUUGUCUCGUUUCCCAGUUUUGACAUCUCUUGACAUAAGUUUCUGUAAUCUAGUUCAAAUCCCUGAAGCUAUUGGACAGUUACAUUGUUUAGAAUAUUUAAAUAUCGGGGGAAACAAUAUUGUUGCGCUACCUCAUUGCAUCAAGGAACUUCCCAAGCUAAGGGUGUUGAACUUGGAGUACUGUAAGCAUCUAAAGUGGUUGCCAAGUACACUUUUGCCGAUCAGAAGAGUAUCUUAUGGAGGAAUAUAUGUUUUCAACUGCCCAAAUUUGAGUGACACGGAAGGUUGUCGUGUGACAGUUAUUUCAUGGAUGAUAAGAAUGAUUCAGGUGAACCUGCAAUGCUCUUUCUCCACAUGCAGAAUUCAAGCUGUUGUUCCAGGAACUAAAAUUCCAAGGUGGUUCAGCAAACAGAAUGCGGGUAGUUCAAUAAGGCUGGAUCCGUCUCCCAUUCUAGAUGACAACAAUUGUAUUGGCAUUGCUGUUUGUGGAACAUUUGUUGCACAUCAUGCUUCACCUCAAUUUGUUCGACGAGUGACAGGAUCUCUUUUAGAAUGUCGUUUUCAUCGAAGUCGCUAUGAGACCGGUCGUUACAAUGUUCCAAUAUGGUUUAAGCAAGAUUUGAUCACAACUGAAUUGGAUCAUAUGUUGCUAAUGUUUCUAUCCCACCAAUAUAUUAAAUCGGGUUCAAAAGAAGGAACAUAUUAUCCUGAAUUGGCCAUCGAAAGUGAUUAUCCAGAAGUAGUAGAAGUGAAGAGUGUUGGUUAUCGUUGGGUAUUAAAGGAAGAUGUGGAACAAUUUAACCCAACAAUGAUGUACAGAGCCAAUUCUUCAUCUCGUCACAAUCAGAAGCACAAGUUUUUGGCAAUUCAAGAUGAGCAAUUAAUGUAGCCCGCAAUCCUUAAAUUCAUGAAUGAAUGAAAAUGUUGCAUCUGCGUUUUGUCUACUACUUAACAUUUUUAACACCUCCCACAAUA